CCGCACAAGCCAUAAGCUUUAAAGCAAGUUCCUCAUGCCUGUUUUUUUACUCUCGAAUUUCGAUAAAUGAAUUCUCUCCUUGAGCUCUAAAGGCUAAAGCCCCAAUUCAUAAAAUACAUUCCCUCCUCAAUCACUACUCAAUCAUACCUACAACUGCAACCAUCGCAACGCAGAAACAUGGCUACGGAUUCUAAAAUAAGGCGACUUGAUUGCGGAGCCGACAGAAUCAGCAGCUUGCCAAGAAACUUAAUAGAGGCUAUUUUAAGACACUUGCCGGUUCACGAUGUAGCAAGAACAAGUAUCCUUUCGAGAAAUUGGAGGAAUAUAUGGGGAACGUACCCAAAGCUGAUUUUUGAUGACAAGUUUUUCUCAAAAUUGGUUUCCAAGGAAGAUAAAGAAGCUCCACUAUUUAAAGCUGUACGAGUUGUUAAUCAAAUUCUUCUACUGCACGGUGGCCCGAUUUUGACGUUCUAUCUCAUAAUUCCUCCAGAUCUGCCUCUUCAUGAAUGGCUAGAUACAGAUUUUUGGAUUAAAAACAUAUCAAAUAACGGGGUUAGGGAAUUCGGACUUUGUAAUACUCAAGAUAUUCCCUACACAAUGCCCUCUUAUUUGUUUUCCUGUUUUGAGUUGAAUCAUUUGACUCUCGCAUCCUGCAUUCUGGAACCACCUCCUAGAUUUGGAGGCUUCUCCAAUCUAGAAAGUGUUAGGCUCAUGGAUGUCAUAAUUACUGCUGAUAUUUCAUUCGGUCCUAAACUUGAACAAUUGGUCUUGGAAAGUUGCAUUGGGAUUAAACAUCUAGGAAGCCUAUUUGAAAAUCAUAGCAAUCUUAGUAGAUUGAUCAUUGAGAGGGGAGACAUUGAUUGGAAAUUGUUUGAAAGCACCCAAAAGUCAUAUCUUGUCUCUCUCAUGUUAAAAAGAGUGACAAAUCCCAUAGAGAAAAUUGUCAACUUAGAGAAGUUUGUUGCCAGUAUGCCUAGAAUAAAUAAGCUGGUUGUUGAUGAUUGUUUCCUCAAGUCUUUGGAGCCAGGUGUAGCUAUACCAAAGAUGCUUACAACAACAAUGGAGAACAUAAAACGUCUGUGCUUUUCUGGUGUUGGAUUUCAUGAUUUGGUCCAGAUUAAGUAUGUUCUUUGCUUAAUCAGAAGUUCGCCCAACCUGCAACAUCUUUUAUUAGGACCGGAUCCAACAGAUAAAAGAAAGGAUGGUUUGGACUUGGGGGCAGUUAGCAAGGACUCUGUGAAAUCAGUUGAAAAGUAUUUGCACUUGCCCAUUAAGGACAUGAUUCUGGACAAACUUGAAACUGUGGGCAUAAGAGAUUUUGUUGGUUCGAGGGCCGAGCUUCGCUUCAUAAAGCUUUUGCUUGUAUCUUCCCCGUCCCUUCAAACCAUGAGGCUUUGGUACAGUGAUGAUUGCAAAGAAGAGGCGAGGUCUCGGAUUUCACGAGAGUUGCUCCAGUACAAUAGAUGCGCAUCAACAACUGUAAAAUUAAUAAUGCAAUAGUCAAAUUAGUUACUUGCCUUUCUAAAUCAUCUCUCUCAGACAAAUUGCACAGGAUGUUUACUUUAUUAUUCAAUUCUAUUUCCUUUUAUGGUCA